CCGAAAUACAAUUUUAUCAUUAUAAUUAGAAUAAUUGUUGAAAAAGAGAAGUAAUCGUUCAAUUAAAUGGUACAUAUAUAAUGGCAGACUCGCAGUUUUGUUUGGAGUGGGACUCCCACAACAAAAACAUUUGUAAUGGUUUAAGUUCUCUACAACAGAAUGGUGAGUUUGUGGACAUGACGCUGGCGGCGGACGGCCACCAUGUAAAGGUGCAUCAGAUGGUGAUGGCGCUCGCCAGCCCGUACAUCAAGGAGCUCAUCUCCACCGCCAACUGUCCGCAUCCCGUUAUCUUCUUAAAUAAGGUAUCAUACAAGACGCUAUGCUCAAUACUGGAGUACAUCUACACGGGUCAGGCGUUGGUUGCCGUUGAUGACAUCAGCGACCUGAUCAUCGCUGCCAAAGAGUUGCACAUCAAAGGGCUUGAGGAUGUGAAAGCAGUCAGCGGCGCACCAUCCGUAACAGAAGUGGAAGUAGAUUUCGAAGUGCCAAAAGAGGUUCCAGAAAUACAAAUUAAACUCCAACGACCCGAGACAUCCACCCCACAAUUCUCAGCGUUAAACACUUUGAAGAGAAAACUCGAGAGUAAUAAGUCCCUAUCCAGUAUGCCGAUACGGAAAAGAGUUUUGCUAAACAAAUCGGAGACAGAAAACAGAGAUAUGCCCGUGUUACAGAAGGAUGGGACAGAAAAGGAGGUUGAUUAUGAUGACCCGCUGGAUGUUGAUGACCGGGAUGAUUAUGAUGAUGAUGGCGACCAGGACACGACAGUGGCAGUUAGUAAGCCUUCAGCUGACAACCCGCAAAUGUCAGUCCAAUACACAGUGUCAAACCAAGGCAGCCUCCAACUGAUCCUGAACCGAUUCCUCUACUUCCUGUACUACCAAUAUCGAGACAAGAGCCGACAGUGGCGCUGCGUGGACAACCGGAACAACAAGUGCAUGGCCUCCGUCUUUACUAAGGACAACAUUGUGUUGAGAAGAGUGGGUGCCCACAACCACACAUUCCACGACAAGAACAUCCUAAAGAAAGUCCGCGCUGGUUCAGUCUAUUCAGCCCUACAAGAAGCUGAAGCGAAAAGCACGCGCAGCGUCCGCGGCCGCGGACAGAAACCGCGCAAAUGUGACGCGGCGGAACAAUCCGACAACCAGGAAACUGACGAAACUGACGUUACUCAAUAAAUACUGUAACCAAUAGCAACUGCCAUAGAUUCAAUUUAUUCAGCCCUUCAAGAAGCC